AUGCACGCACACGCACUAUACGUCACAGGCCCACCCACACAGCCGCUGUCUCUGGGUAUACUCAAAGCACGCGUGUCUGAGGAUGGAGGGUAUAUGCAGAGACGCAAGGCCCGCAGCACCAACACGAGCAUAGAACACGGCCACUUCAAGAUCCUCAAGUCUACGCAGAAUGACCUGAAGCCCGCGCCCGAAGAGACUUCAGACCAAACACCGCCACAAGCAGCCACACCGUCUGUAGCACACACCAACACACACAGUACCCAACUUAGCAACAACCGCUCACACACAUCCACACCCAGCCACACACACAACACCACCAACAAUUACGCCACGCACACCAACACACGCAUUAGGCGGAGUGGGACGGACCCUCACCCACACGCACACCCACGCACACACACACACACACACACACAACACUCUACGGCUGUAAAGGAGGCGCUGAGUGGAGCCUCAACCGCACCACCGCUCAGUACGCACGACGAGCAUCGGCCAGAUACCGAACAUGAAGAUGGCGUGAAGGGAGGGACAAAACAACGACCAGGCAAAUCGGGAUUUGGACCGACCUCAGCCACCCAAACGUCGAGUGGAGGCCUGCGCCUGACCCGAAAUACGAGCGAAAGGCAAAGUAUCAAGGCAAAUGGGGUUAGUUAUAAUGGCAACGUUUCAACGUCUACGAGCACACGUCUGAAGCACACGCCUUCCUCAACAGCCGCCAGACCACUCAGAGACCGUCCGUUAACGUUUGGCAUUGGCAUUCUGUUCCAGUUGUCGGAUAUGACGGACGAUGCCACUCAACACAG